ACUUACCCAGUUCAGAGUAACACCAAGCCCAUUGAGUCCACCACCAAGCCUGCUCAGUCCAUUACCGUGCCUGUCGAGAGCACCACCAAGCCUGCUCAAUCCACUACCGUACCCGUCGAGAGCGCCACCAAGCCUGCUCAGUCUACAUAUCCCGUCGAGAGCGCCACCAAGCCUGCUCAGUCCCUUACCGUGCCUGUCGAGAGCACCAAGCCUGCUCAGUCUAUUACCGUGCCUGUCGAGAGCACCACCAAGCCUGCUCAGUCCACUACCGUACCCGUCGAGAGCGCCACCAAGCCUGCUCAGUCUACAUAUCCCGUCGAGAGCGCCACCAAGCCUGCUCAGUCCACUACUAAGCCAGUCGAGAGCACCACCAAGCCUGCUCAGUCCACUACCGUACCCGUCGAGAGCGCCACCAAGCCUGCUCAGUCUACAUAUCCCGUCGAGAGCGCCACCAAGCCUGCUCAGUCCACUACUAAGCCAGUCGAAAGCGCCACCAAGCCC